AUGAUUUCUGGGAUUCGUCGUGGCAACUAUCUGCAUCGAAGCUCCACUUUGUUGCGAGACCAAGUUCAGCCACCUCUGCCUUCAUCUUCGAACGCCAUCGACAAGAACAUCCGGCUUGUGCUUGAUUGUGGAGGUCCUCGCUUCGUCAAUGGGAACACGGUUGGCAACGACCUGUUCGUUCGGCGGGUUGGCAACAUCUACUACACCAAGGAAUUUGCAGAGCAAAUCUUCCAAGAGAUAAUUUUGCAUCAUGCCAAGGUAAAAAGCGUUUGGCCAAGAUUUAUGCUGGAUGCAGUUCGGGCCGGCUCUGCCUUGGUCAACUUGUUACCUUCCCGCACUUCUCGCUGGUGGCCACUAAUUGAGGAUGUGUUCAUGUCAGACAAAGCCAUUGAACUCCGCAACACCAUCCUAGCAGAGUGCGUGGCGCACGGGGAGUUCACUGCGAUCUCUAUUGAUGGCACUUUCCGUGUAUGUCUAAGCAUCAUGGGGCAGCUACCUUUCAACAUGAGCAAAGAAUUGCGCCAAAAAGCUGCUUUCAAGGACGACGAAAGCAUUCGAAGGGUUAUCACUGUUCGUGGCAAAACAGGUGCGGUUGUCGCAAUGUUUGGUGCACCAGGUGAGGGUGCUGCUGACCUGAGAAGGGGCUUAGAGAACAAUUUGCCUACGGCAGCCUUGCAUCAGAUCCAGUAUUUGGCCACAGAUGCCCCAAGUGUGAAGCUGCUGGAGGAGCUCAAGGAAACACUGCCGAAUCUUGAAGGCAUAUCUUUAGACCCUGUUCAUCUGGCCAUGCAUUAUGAGUCUGCCUCCGCACGCAAAAAGACAGCCGGUUCUGCCACACUCCGCAAAUGCUUAGCCAAAUUCGGCCAUAGCAAAUCUAUGCCACCACCCGCAACUUGGGGUGCUUUCUUCACAGGUGCGGAAGAUGGACAAUUGUCGGCUCGCGAGCGAGUUCUGAGGGAUCAGAUUGUAGAUGGGUCCAUGGCCCAGACGAAGGCCCGAAAGAUUUUGGAAUCCUUGGACGCGGUGACUUAUUGGCCAACCCGCACCUGUUUCAUCGAAACUCUUGCGGCCAUUUCUGCGGUCUAUCGGGCAGAAGUCACAAAGAAGUCAGACGAAGGCAAGCCGUUGACUGAUUUGCUAUGGAACGCGACAAAGCCGGACCGCCUUGGAUGGCUCUUCAAAAAUUUGCGUGUCAGGUCCAGGCUUUCAAAAGCAGAGAACUUGCUUCUGCCAACUGGGACAACUUCCAAUGAAAGCCUGCACGCAGAGAUCAACAAUUGGUUUCGUCAAACGCAGAGCCUCCACAAGAGCACGCUUUCGCUCAAGUUGAAAAUUCUUGUUUUCUCGAAGCUGAUUGCGCACAACACGUCUCUGUAUUCACCUGGUGCCAGACAGAUGUCGUCCAGUCAUGUCUUAGCACGGCGCAUAGGCACAGGCCUAUGGACGAUGGACGACUGGAAAGGGUGGGCCUGCAAAGGCAAAGCCAAAGCUAGCUUGCCCAUAGAGCAGCAGCGAAGAGCUGAAUCUCACAAACCAGGAGAUUACAAAAGCCUGCUGCCAAAGUGCAUCGGACGCCAUUCACGCUUUCACGUGCGCCUGGUGUUAGAAGGGCAGGUGUACAUAAGCGGUGACAUUGAUGUGCUCGAUUUGAAGUCAAAAGUUGCCUUGCAUUGCGUCCUUUGGUUUUCGAAUUGGCGCUGGGGUGGAGCCUUCUAG